AUGAACCCCCCUCAGCUGCGAGCGUGUGCAGGCUUGAGUCGGCCUAGUGCCAUUGUACUUACUCAGAGAGACGCCUUGGCCAUAGCCAGUGAAGGUGCAGGUGGAAAUUUGGAAGGAGAAUUCGAACCCUUAAAUUCCCCAGCGGGGCAUUGCCUCUGCUGCUCUCAGGGACAUUUCCCUAGGCUUGAAAAUGUGGGAGCUUUCAAGGAUGUGUCAAUCGUGCCAACUCAUGCCACUUGUGGGCUGCCAGACCGAAGUACUUUUUGUCAUAGCUCAGUAGCUGUUGAAAGCAUUACGUCCUGCACCCAGAGGUUUUGUGUUCAGGAAUGUCCAUACAGGUCAUCGCCUUCUUCCUACAAACUGCUUCUUUCAGAAGGCCUUGGUACCUGUGUCACGGAGGACAAAAGGGACUUGCAUCCAGGGUCCUUCAGCAACGCUUCCAGCUUUAUUUUUCGUAAUCACAAAGAUUGCUUCUCUACUCUGCGUUCUCCGAGGCUCACAGCCUCGUUUACGUUAACUGUAUGGUUGAAACCUGAGCAAGAAGGUGUAAUGUGUGUGAUAGAAAAGGCUGUUGAUGGGAAGACUGUGUUCAAACUCACAAUCUCUGAGAAAGAGACCAUGUUUUAUUAUCGCACAGUAAAUGGUUUGCAGCCACCAAUAAAAGUAAUGACACUGGGGAGAAUUCUUGUGAAGAAAUGGAUUCAUCUUAGUGUGCAGGUGCAUCACAGCAGAAUUAGUUUCUUCUUGAAUGGCUGGGAAGAUGACAACACACCUUUUGAUUCAAGGACUCUUGUGGGAACAGUUGCAGAUACUGAUGCUGAUAGUACACUGCAAAUUGGACAAAGUUUCGCAGGUUUAGAGCAAUUUGUUGGAAGAAUGCAAGAUUUUCGAUUUUACCCAGUGGCACUUACAAACAGAGACAUUUUGGAAGUAUUCUCUGGAAAAUUUCCUCAUCUACAUACCCAGUCUGACUGCCGCUGUCCUGGAAGUCAUCCCCGGGUACACCCAUUGAUACAGAGGUACUGCAUUCCUAAUGGUGCGGAUGAUACCACUAAUGACAGAGUGCUGAGGCUGGAUGCAGAAGCCCAUCCUCUGUAUUACAUCAAUGAUGAUGACAUUGGGACCACCUGGAUUUCAUCUGUGUUUGCUAAUACUGCAGGUCUGGAUCAUGGUGUUUCUAUCACAAUAGAUUUACAAAAUGGACAGUAUCAGGUAUUCUAUAUUAUACUGCAGUUCUUUAGCCCACACCCUGAAGCAGUAAGAAUUGAAAGGAAAAAAAGAGAUGAUCUAAACUGGGAAGACUGGCAGUAUUUUGCUAAAAACUGCAGUAUUUUUGGAAUGGAUAAUAAUGGAUCUCUGGAAAAACCAGACUCUGUCAACUGUCUUCAGCUUCCUAGCUUUACACCGUAUUCCCGUGGUAAUCUAACUUUUAGUAUUCUUACCCCGGAACCAAAUCAACGACCUGGUUACAAAGAUUUUUACAAUACUCCAUCUCUCCAAGAAUUUGUAAAAGCUACACAAGUGAGGAUUCAUCUCCGUGGCCAGUAUCAUACUAAUGAGUCUUGGGUAAAUUUUAGGCAUAGAUACUACGGAGUUAAUGAAGUUACAGUCAGCGGAAGGUGUAAUUGCCAUGGCCAUGCUGAUAACUGCGACACAGCUCUGGAACCGUAUAGGUGCCUGUGCGUCAAUGAAAGCUAUACAGAAGGAAAUAAUUGUGAUCGCUGUUUGCCAUUGUACAAUGACAAGCCUUUUCGAUCAGGUGACCAAGUUCAUGCCUAUAAUUGCAAACCUUGUCAAUGUUACAGCCAUGCAGUAAGCUGUCACUAUGACUUAGCAAUGGACCCUUUUCCUCAGGAAUACUACAGAGGCAGCGGUGGAGUGUGUGAUAACUGUCAACACAAUACUGCUGGAAGGAACUGUGAGCUGUGCAAGGAUUUCCAUUACAGACAAGCAGGUGCAGAUCUUUCAGCCGUUGAUGUCUGCAAGCCCUGUGACUGUUAUGCAACAGGCACCAAAAAUAAGAGCCUCCUGUGUGAUAACAUUGGAGGCCAGUGUAAUUGUAAGAGACAUGUGUCUGGCAGACAAUGCAAUCAGUGCCAGGAAGGAUUCUACAAUCUACAACAGUCAAACCCUGAUGGCUGCAGUCCCUGUAACUGUAAUACCUCUGGGACAGUCAAUGGAGAUAUUACCUGUCACCAAAAUUCAGGCCAGUGCAAGUGCAAAGCAAAUGUUAUUGGUCUAAAGUGUGAUAGUUGCAAUUUUGGAUUUAAAGCUCUCACAUAUUCUAAUGAAGAUGGAUGUGAGCCUUGUUGGUGCAACAGCCACGGCUCAGUGAACCAAUUCUGCAACCCUCUCUCUGGGCAGUGCAAUUGUAAAGAACAAGUGAAAGGACUUCACUGUGACACCUGCAUGGACAACUUUUAUGGGCUGGAUGUAACUGGUUGUAAGGCUUGUGAAUGUAACGUUGCAGGGUCACUUUCUGGACCUGUGUGCGAUGCAAAGACAGGGCAAUGUGCAUGUAAACCAAAUAUUGGAGGAAGACAAUGUGAUGAAUGCCUAGAUGGCUACCGCAAACUACAGGAAAAUAAUUCCUUUGUUUGUCUGCCAUGUAAUUGUGAUAAGGCAGGUACAGUAAAUGGCUCUCUGCUUUGUGACAAAUCAACAGGACAGUGUCCUUGCAAAGCUGGUGUAACUGGCCUUCAGUGCAGUCAGUGCACACUUCAUACAUACAACCUCAGCAUGAGCAACCUCCUCGGCUGCCAGCGUUGUGACUGCGAUGCUUUGGGCACAUUGGCAGGAACAGUUUGUGACCACGUUUCUGGACAGUGUGUCUGUUUGCCUCAGCGUCAGGGAAGAAGGUGUAAUGAGUGUAAACCAGGUUUUUAUUUUUCUCCAUCCAGUGUCACUGGCUGUCUGCCAUGCCUGUGCCACACAGCUGGUUCAGUGAAUCAGACCUGUGAUAAACUAACUGGCCAAUGUGUUUGCCAAGAUGCUUCUGUAACAGGACAGAUGUGUGAACGUUGCAAAGAACUUCAUUUUGGAUUUGACUCUGUCACAGGGAGAUGUCAGCACUGUAAUUGUAAUCCUGCAGGAGCCAUUAGUGGGACUUGUCAUCUUGUUACUGGACAGUGUGUUUGUAAACAAUUUGUGACUGGCUUGAAAUGUGACAACUGCGUUCCCGAUGCUAGUAAUUUGGAUGUCCACAACCUAUUUGGGUGCAGUAAAACUCCAUUCCAGCAACCUCCUCCUACAGGAGAGGUUCUCAAUUCCUCUGUUAUCAGUCUUUCAUGGAGUUCCCCUGACUCUCCAAAUUCUAACAGCCUUACUUACCAGCUGUAUAGGGAUGAGGCUGAAAUUUAUACAACUGAAGACUACUACCCUUAUAGUGUUCAGACCUUCACUGAUACCAUGUUAUCUCCAUAUACCUUCUAUUCCUAUUAUGUCCAAGCUAAUAACAUUCAUGGUUUUACAAGAAGUGCCUCAGUGACAUACAGAACAAAAUCUGGGACCCCUACAGGAAGCUUGCAUUUAAAUCCUGUUUUUCCUGUUAGUCAUCACUCUGUUUUACUUUACUGGACAAGCCUCUCCAAUGACUCUGGGCCCAUAGAGAAAUACAUUUUGACAUGUACUAGCUUGGCUGAUCUUCAGCCUUGUGGUCAAUAUGAAGGCUUAAAAACUUCAGCAAAUAUUUGGAAUCUCAUUCCAUUUACAAAGUAUGUUUUUUCUGUGCAAGCUUGUACUAGUGGAGGCUGCUUAAAGAGCCAGCCAGUAACAGUAAUUACUGCUCAAGCUGCUCCGGAACAGCUACACCCACCAAUGAUAGAAACCAUCAGCUCUACAGAACUGGCUGUGGAAUGGUCACCACCUGAGAAACCGAAUGGCAUAAUUAUAAGAUAUGAACUUUACAUGAGAAAAAAAUUAAAAACAGCUGAGAACAUUCUUCCUCCUGAAAUCCGUAUUUUCCAAAGCAGUGGAUGGCUCAGUCCUCAACCGGUUAUGGAGUCUCCUAAUGAAAAUGCCCUGGCUCCACCGCAGACCAGUACUGCAGUCACUGGUCUGGAGCCGUUCACAGAGUAUGAAUUUUAUGUGCUAGCAGUAAACAUGGCAGGUAGCAUAUCUUCAGACUGGGCAUCAGGACGAACAGGAGAGGCUGCGCCAGUGUUCAUGCCAUCUCCAUCAGUUUUCCCUCUUUCACCAUAUUCCCUCAAUGUGUCAUGGGAAAAACCUGAAGAUAAUUUAGCAAGAGGAGAAGUGAUGGGAUACAGCAUCAGUCUGAUGACAGAACAAAGGUUCUUGCCACCAUUUUCCCAGGUUUUUCAUAUAGCUGAGGCUGAUGAGCUAUCCUAUGUAGCGACGGGAUUAAAACCUUACAGGACAUACAACUUUACUGUUACUCUCUGCAAUCAAAUCGGUUGUGUAACCAGUGAGCCAGGCAAGGGGCAAACCUUGGCAGCUGCUCCAAGAAAACUUAAUGCCCCUCAUGUUGAAGGAAUAAACAGCACAACGGUAAAGAUAAAUUGGAAUGAGCCUGAAGAACUUAAUGGACCUUCUCCCAUCUACCAGGUGGAAAGGAUGGAUUCAUCUUUAGCUACAUUGAGUACAGAAGUAAUGAAAGGGAUCCGUUUCCCAGGAAAUGGGUAUUACAGAUUUGCUAGUUCCACUCUCCCCGCCAAUACUUACUUUACAGGUAUUAAAGUGAAAUUUAGAACCCAAGAACCUGAUGGUUUGAUUUUUUUCUCUGCAUCACCCGGGAGUCAAGAGGAAUACAUUGCACUGCAGCUGAGGAGUGGGCGUCCUUACUUUCUUUUUGAUCCACAGGGAUCUGCCGUAGCAGUCACUCCAACUAAUGAUGAUGGAAAAAAGUACAACGAUAACAGUUGGCACCAAAUAAUUGCUACAAGAAUUCAAGCACUGGGAAACAUCACAGUGGAUGGGCAGUACACAGGUUCUUCCUUAGCAACUAGUGGCAGUACCAUUAUUGGAGAGAACACAGGAGUUUUUGUUGGAGGACUUCCACAGGGUUACACUCUUGUAAGAAAGGAUAUGAUAAUCCAGAAAGGAUUUGUGGGGUGUCUCAGUGACAUAUUUUUGAAAAAAGUGCAUACUCCCUAUGAAAACUGGGAAUCUUUGAACUGGCAGGAUGCUGAAGAUCAGAACAACGUCUAUCAUACUUGGGAAGGAUGCCCCGUUGUCCUCUCAGAAGGAGCACAUUUUCUUGGCAAAGGGUUCCUGGAACUGCAUUCAGAUGUUUUCAGUGGUGGACUGGAAUUUGAGAUAUCAUUUAAAUUUAGAACAGAUCAGCUGAAUGGAUUGCUUUUCUUUGUUUACAAUGAAGAUGGCCCAGAUUAUCUUGCAAUUGAACUGAAAAGUGGAAUAUUAAACAUCUUUUUAAAAACUGGCAUUGUCUUUACACAAGUGGAUCUCUGGUUAGGACUGUCUUAUUGUGAUGGAAAGUGGAACAAAGUCACUGUGAACAAGGAGGGCUCUGUAGUAUCAGCAAGUAUGAAUGAACUGAGAGAGCAAAUGUUCGAACCCCGUAUUCAGCAGCUGAAAGUAAACUCACCCGUCUACGUAGGAGGAAUCCCACCUGAGAUUCAGAAUUUUUAUAAAGAACUGGGGUUGGAACAAGGUUUCGGUGGUUGCAUGAAGGAUGUUAAAUUUACACGAGGUGCUGUCAUUCACUUGGCAUCUGUGUCCAGCAGCACUGUCAGAGUCAAUCUGGACGGAUGCCUAUCAACUGACAGUGCUGUUAACUGCAGGGGAAAUGACUCCAUCCUAGUAUACCGAGGAAAAGAGCAGAAUGUUUAUGAGAGUGGUCUACAACCAUUUACAGAAUACCUUUAUAGGGUGGUUGCCUCAAAUGAAGAAGGAUCAGUAUCUAGUGUAUGGACCCGUGUUCGUACAAGAGAAUCAGUUCCACAAAAUGUGCCAACUCUCUCAAGAGUUCACAGUAUAAAUGGUUACAGCAUUGAGGUCACCUGGGACAAACCUGCUGGGGUCAUAGGUGUAAUUGAGAAGUACAUUUUGAAAGCGUAUGAAGAGGAUGGUCCCACUGUACCCAUCACGAGUGCUGAGCUUGCUGACACUAGUAUGCUCACAGGCACAUUGACAGGCUUGCAUCCCUUCAAAAACUAUGCUGUAACCCUAACUGCUUGCACUUUGGCUGGCUGUACUGAGAGCUUGCAUGCAUUGAACAUCUCCACUCCACAAGAAGUGGGAUUGCGUGUGCUUCUAGCAUAUAACUCGUUGGAACGAUGUGCAAACACACACAGCUAUACUUUAUAUAUGAACGGAGUACCAAUUUACUUCGGAAAUGAAACUAAAUAUGUUGUAAAAGAUUUAGCAGUUUUUACGCCACACCAGUUUCUACUCACUGCGUGCACGCUUGCUGGCUGUACAAACAGUUCCCAGGUCACCUUGUUUACAGCACAGCUGCCACCAUCUCACGUAGAUGCCCCGGUCCUGACGGUUUUGGAUUCUAGAACAAUAUAUGUACAAUGGAAAAAACCAGUAGAAGUAAAUGGAAUCCUAGAUCGAUAUACAAUUUAUAUUGCCAACAGUGAGCAGAAUUUUACAAAGUGGAGUGUAAUCUAUAACAGCACAGAACUUUUUCUGGAUUUUACUAUUCAGCAGCUCUUCCCGGGUACUGAAUACCUCAUAAAACUAGCUGCUUGCACUGGAGGUGGAUGUUCGAUAAGUGAAGCUAGCACAGCUAUAACAGAUGAGAGUACACCAGAAGGUGUUCCUUCUCCAAAAGCCCAGUCGUAUUCGUCUGACUCCUUUAACAUCUCAUGGACUAAGCCUGAGUAUCCGAAUGGUAUUAUUACUAGCUAUGGAUUGUAUAUGGAUGGUGUUCUGAUGCAAAAUUCAUCCCAGCUAAGUUGUUAUGCUUAUGGACUUACUCCUUGGAGUCUGCAUUCCUUCAGAGUCCAGGCAUGUACUGCAAAAGGUUGUGCUUUGGGUCCAUUGGUAGAAGCUCGGACCAUGGAAGCUUUCCCUGAGGGAACAGUUGAUAUAUUUGCUACUGUUGACGGGUCCAAAGAAGUUCAAUUAAAAUGGCUUGCCCCAAAUAAACCUAAUGGAAAAUUGACCUACACAGUGCUUGUCACUGGUCUCUUCUAUACUGAUGAAGCUAAUGCUAAUUAUUCUAUUGUAAAUGAUACGCGGAUGUUAUGCAGCAGCAAUCAAUCCAAUGUAUGGGUACCCGUUAAAGGACUGAUUCCAUUUUCUAACUACACAGUCCAAGUGAAUGCUUCCAACAGCCAGGGCAGCUUGAUAAGUGAUGCUAUAACAAUAGUCAUGCCUCCAGGAGCUCCAGAUGGCGUGAUGCCUCCAAGGCUUUCAUCUGCCACUCCGACCAGUCUUCAGGUUGUCUGGUCUACACCAGUUCGCAACAACGCCCCAGGCGCGCCCAGCUACCAACUCCAGAUGCGGCGGAGGCAUUCUGCUGGUGACAUUUUAGAUUUGCUUUCCAGCCCUACUGCUUCCUUGCAACACAGGGUUGGAGAUCUUCAGCCGUACACUGAGUAUGAGAUGAGAGUGGUUGCCUCCAAUGGUUAUGGCAAUGCUUAUAGCAACUGGGCGUCAAUGACUACAGCAGAGGACAAACCUGGACCUUUAGAUCCACCACUUCUAUUGAAUGUUACGGCAAGGGCAGCAAGCAUCACUUGGCAGCAUCCUUUAAAGCAAAAUGGCAUUAUCACUCAUUAUAAUAUUUACCAAAAUGGCCAACUGCAUGCUACAGUGCUAGGAACUAGAUCUAAUUGCACUGUACAAGACUUGCAUCCUUACACUGUCUAUGUGUUUCAGGUAGAAGGGUGCACUUCUAAAGGAUGCUCUCUUUCACCCAAGACCCCAGAAAUACAGACUCUUCCAGAUGCACCUGAGGAUAUUCCUGCUCCAGAGCUGUAUUCUGGUACUCCAACUUCUGUGGUCAUAUCCUGGCAACCACCUGCUCACCCAAAUGGUUUGGUGGAAAACCUUACAAUAGAAAGGAGGGUGAAAGGAACAGAACAAAUAUCAACUGUAGUGACUCUCCCUCUCAGUCAGUCCAUGAGUUACAUUGACCAGAGUACUGCUCUGAGACCUUGGCAGAAAUAUGAGUACAGAAUGCUGAUGAGCACUCUAUAUGGAGGCACAAACAGCAGUGCAUGGUCGGAAGUUACCACUAAACCUUCAAGACCUGCUGGUGUUCAGCCACCUGAUGUAGAAGUGCUGGGGCUGCAUACAGUUAAGGUCUCAUGGAAACCUCCUCUGAUACAGAAUGGCGAAAUCCUUAACUAUGAGAUUCGCAUGCCUGAUCCACGAAUUGUCAUUACUGGGAACACUUCAUCAACAUUAAGUCAUUUGGUGACUAAUCUUAUACCCUAUACAAACUACUCAGUUACUGUAAUAGCUUGUUCUGGAGGUGAUGGCUUUCUGGGAGGCUGCACGGAGAGUUUGCCUACAAGUGUGACUACACCUUCAACAGUUCCUCAGAGUGUUAGUCCAUUGUCUGUGACUCCAAUCAGCGAGUCCUUUAUUGCCAUUUCUUGGCAACCACCGCUUAGGCCAAAUGGUCCUCAUCUGAGAUAUGAGCUCCUGAGACGUAAAAUCCAGCAACCACUUGCAUCAAAUCCCCCUGAAGAUUUAAAUCUGUGGCACAGUAUUUACUCAGGAACUCAGUGGUUUUAUGAAGAUAAGGGUCUUAGCAGGUACACAACAUACGAGUACAAGCUCAUAGUGCACAACGAGGUAGGAUAUACAUCAAGUGAAGAAGUGAUAGCUACUACAUUAGCGGGAUUACCAGAGAAAGGAAGUAUUCUCAUUGCACGUGCUGUUAAUCAUACUGCUGUAGAAGUGGAAUGGUCAAAACCAACACUGCAAGAUUUGCAAGGAGAUGUUGUAUAUUACACCCUCUUCUUAAAUUCUACUAAUGAUAGAAGAUCUCUGAGGAUCCAGGCUGAUGUAAACUCUGUAGUCAUAGGUGAAUUGCAGCCCAACACAGAGUAUCAGAUAUUUUUUCAAGUUUUUAACGGAGCACACAACAUCAACAGUGAAGUUGUGCAUGUGACUACCUCAGAUGGAGAGCCUGAGGGCAUGUUCCCUCCAGAGGUUGUCAUCAUCAACAGUACAGCUGUACGUGUCAUCUGGACAUCGCCUUCAAACCCGAAUGGUGUUGUCACAGAGUACUCUAUCUAUGUAAAUAAUAAGCAGUACAAGACUGGAAUGAACGAGCCGGGGUCUUUUCUUUUAGCGAAUUUGUCUCCAUUCACUGUGUAUGAUAUACAGAUAGAAGCCUGCACGGUGUAUGCCUGUGUGAGAAGCAAUGGGACCCAGAUUACAACUGUGGAAGAUGAGCCAAAGCAUCUGUCAGCACCCAUUAUUCACAUAAUUGGCUCAAGAUCUCUUCAAAUCAACUGGACAUCACCAGGACAGCCAAAUGGCAUUAUCCUGGGAUAUGAACUCUUACGUAAAGCAUGGCAGAGGUGUACCCCAUCAAAGACUCCAAGGAGCAGCAACAGUAACAGAAUGUGCAUCUCAUUAGAAUGUAAAAAGUAUGAAAAUAUCUGUGGAGAAGUGUGUUAUCAUCCAGAGUUGAAGGUAUGUUGUAAUGGGAUUCUGCACGACAAUAAACCUGGCUUCCAAUGCUGCGAGGACAAGUACAUUCCAUUUAUUCUUAAUUCACCAGGGGUUUGCUGUGGUGGUCAGAUACAUGCUGUGCAACCGAAACAUCGGUGCUGUGGUGGUUAUUACACUAGGGUAUUAGCAGGAGAAGUAUGUUGCCCUAACGGAGAGCAAAACAGAGUUUCAGUUGGAAUUGGUGACUCUUGCUGCCAUGGAAUGCCUUACUCCAGAUCAGGCAAUCAAAUCUGCUGUGGUGGAUCCCUCCAUGACAGUUUCAAUCAACAGUGCUGUGGUGGAGAAGUCAUAAGCACAGACUUAGUCUGUUGUGGUGAUGAAGAAGAAGGGACUGCAUACAGACCUCUUACAGGGAUGUUCUGUUGUGGGCAGGAGUAUGUGAACAUGUCAGAUACCAUAUGCUGCUCAGGUUCCAGUGGUGAGUCCCUAGCACAUGUUAGAAAGAAUGACCAAGUGCCAGUAAAGUGCUGUGAGACUGAACUUAUUCCAAAGAGCGAAGAAUGCUGUAAUGGAGUUGGAUAUAAUCCUUUGAAAUAUGUUUGCUCUGACAAGAUUUCAGCUGGAAUGAUGAUGAAGGUAAAAGAAGAAUGCAAGGCUAACAUCCUUUGCCCUUUAUCUAUGGAGGCAACAGCCCACUGUGGAAAGUGUGACUUCAAUCCUAAGGAGAAAAUCUGUGCAUGGAUAAAAGGUUCACAGAGUGCUACAGAAAAGGAGAUAAAGGAAGGUGUGUGUCCAGCUGAGGAGGAGACUGUCUACACAGGAAGUCCAAAUCAGUAUUCAUUUACAGACCUGAACCUCGAACCUUUUAUCACGUAUGAGUACAGAGUGGCUGCUUGGAAUAGCUAUGGAAGAGGCUUCAGUGAAGCUAGCAGAGCUGUCACUAAGCAAGAUGUGCCACAGGGUGUAAGUCCACCAAAAUGGGCCAAAGUGGAUAAUCGGGAAGACGUGAUACUUCUAAACUGGGAGGAACCACUUCAACCAAAUGGUCUUAUUAUUCACUACAUCAUUCUCCGAAACGGAAUUGAGCGUUUUAGAGGAGCAGAAAUGAGCUUCACAGACACAAGUGGUGUCCAGCCAUACCAAGAAUAUUCAUACCAGCUGCGAGCCUGCACUGUUGUUGGUUGCGCCGACAGCAGCAAGGUAGUUGCAGUCACUGUUCAAGGAGUCCCAGAGAGUGUUCAGCCACCAAACAUCAGUGCUUUGAACUCAACAACAUUACAUUUAAGCUGGAUUGCACCCAAGAAACCAAAUGGUAUCAUCAGAGAGUACCAGAUCAGUCAAGUAGGGAAAGGACUUAUAUACACUGACACUGCAAGCAGAAUGCAGCACACAGUAUCAGGUCUGCAGCCAUACACUAAUUACAGCUUCAUGCUAACUGCAUGCACAUCUGCUGGAUGUGCUUCCAGCCAACCACUUUCAGGUCAAACUUUGCAAGCUGCUCCGCAUGGGGUAUGGCCAAAACCUCAUCAUAUCAUAGUCAGCUCAACAGAAGUGGAAAUCUACUGGAGUGAACCAGAGAAACCCAAUGGACUCAUUACUCAGUAUCGAUUAUUUCGUGAUGGAGAACAGAUUUUCCUGGGUGGCAGUGCAGAUCUGAAUUUCACAGAUGUUAACCUGCAGCCUAACAGUAGAUAUGUUUACCAGCUGGAAGCCAGCACUUGGGGCGGCAGCAAUGCUAGUGAUAAAUAUGUUAUACAAACACCAGUAGGAACACCAGAGAAAAUUCAUGUCCCAUAUAAUGUCACAGUAAUUGAUGCAUAUUCUAUAUUUCUAGCUUGGGACGUGCCAGGGAUAUUCAUUGUCAAUGUGCCUUUGGAAUACAACAUCUUACUAAACGCGAGCAGUCCCACUCUACUGGUGAAGCCAGUAGGACAUGCACAUUUUGCUUUUGUUGAUGGCCUAGAUCCCUACACCCUGUAUGAGAUAAGAAUACAAGCCUGUCAGAAUGGUGGGUGUGGAGUGGGUGGUCAAACAUAUUCAAGAACUGCUGAAGCACCUCCUAGAGAAUUGAGCCCACCUAUCGUUAAAGCAAUGGGAUCUGCAGUCGUAGAAGUGAAAUGGGCACCACCAAAGAAACCAAAUGGCAUCAUUACGAACUACUUUAUUCACAGACGUCCUGUGGGCAGUCAAGAAGACCUGCUUUUGUUCAUCUGGGCUGAAGGAGCUUUGGAAUUUAUUGAUGCGUCCGAUGCCCUACAGCCUUUUACUCUCUAUGAAUAUCGUGUCAGAGCUCAAAAUGCUGUGGGAUCAGUGGACAGCCUGUGGGCUUCAGCCCAUACUCUGGAGUCUUCCCCGUGGGGCAUGGGAGCCCCUUGGGCACAAGCAUCGAGUGCAUACUCAGUGCGGUUGAACUGGACCCAACCCGUCUCUCCCAAUGGUGUUAUAUCUCUGUAUCGCGUAGUCUAUCAAGAAAAACGCAGUGAUCCAACAUUUAGCAUCCCAGCUGUUACAGCACUAACUGUAAUGGGAACAAAGCAUCAGGCUCAUUUAUUUGGAUUGAAACCUUUCACAACAUAUCAUAUUCAUGUCAUAGCUGUAAACAAUGCCGGGCAGGUUUCAAGCCCCUGGACAUCUGUGCGCACAUUGGAAGCUUCACCCAGUGGCCUGAGCAACUUCACUGUGGAAAAGAAAGAAAAUGGCAGGGCUCUGCUGCUAAAAUGGUCAGAGCCCUCCCAACCCAAUGGCGUGAUUAAGACCUACAAUAUUUUCAGCGAUGACAACCUGGAGUACAGUGGUUUAUCUCGCCAGUUCCUCUUCAGACGCCUUGAGCCGUACACUCUCUACACCCUUGUACUGGAGGCUUGCAACGCGGCAGGCUGCACUCAUUCUCCGCCCCAGCCGGUCCGAACAGACGAAGCCCCCCCAGUGUCUCAGAUGGCACCUCUGAUCCAGGCAGUCAAUGCUACCAACGUUGAACUGAGCUGGUUGCAGCCAAUUAAUCCAAAUGGAAAAAUAAUUCGCUAUGAAGUUAUUCACAGAUGCGCAAAAGAAAAUGCUGCAGGGUACAGAGCAACAACAGAAGAUGAGAAAAUUGUUUUCACAGAAUAUAACACUGAAAGUAAUACGUUCGUAUAUAAUGAUAAAGGUUUACAGCCAUGGGCAAGGUAUGAAUAUAAAAUACGCACCUGGAAUGCAGCAGGCUAUGCUGACAGCUCCUGGACAGUGGCGCGGACUAGUCAAACUGCCCCGAAAGGUCUCGCUGCCCCCAGGUUAUCCUUGGCUUCAGUUUACCCCCGCAAAGUGCUCAUCUCAUGGGCCCCCCCAGCACAGCCCAAUGGUAUUCUCCAGUCAUACAGGCUGCUAAAGAACGAUGUUCUCUACCCUUUCAGCUUCGAUGCUGCUACUUUCAACUACACGGAUGAAGACUUACUGCCCUAUUCAAUGUACAGUUAUGCGAUAGUUGCCUGCACGAUGGGAGGCUGCUCUACCAGUGAACCAGCUGUGAUACAGACGCUGGAAGCAGCUCCUGCCUUAGUGGAUCCACCAUCUCUGCAGGCUGUCAGCGCCACUCAAAUUAAUGCAUCUUGGGCACCUCCCCAAAUACAAAAUGGAGAUAUCACCAAGUACAUAUUGAAAUUAAAUGAUGAAGAGUAUUAUCCUGGCAGAAGUUUGCAAAUGUUGGUUUCUAAUCUACAGCCUUACACGCAGUAUGAUUUUGCAUUGGUUGCCUGUACUGCGGGGGGCUGCACAUCUAGCAUAUCCCAGUCAGUGACAACCAUGGAGGCUCCACCAUUAAAUAUGGAAGCUCCCAGGCUGCUUGUCAUGGGCUCGGAGUCAAUUGAAAUCACAUGGAAACUUCCAGCUAGCCCCAAUGGUAAAAUCACAAGCUACGAGCUAAGGAGGGAUGGUGUACUUGUUUACUCAGGUCUGGAAACGCGGUAUCUUGAUUUCACCCUAAUGGCAGGCAUGGAGUACAGCUACACUGUCACGGCAAAUAACAGUCAAGGCAGUGUGACCAGCCCCUCAUCUCAGAUAAAAACCAACCCCUCUGCUCCGUCUGGGAUGUUGCCUCCUAGGUUGCAGGCGUGGUCCUCGAAGGAGAUUUUGGUGGCCUGGGAUCCUCCUAUCAGAGUAAAUGGUGACAUUAGAAAUUACACAAUCUCGAUCCACAAGCCUGCUGAAACAGGAAAGAAAACUAUUGACUUUGAUGCAUCUCAUGUUUCCUUUCCGAGACGGUCAUACAUAGUGGCAGAGCUACAGCCCUACAGUAGGUAUGAAGUACAGCUUCAAGCUUGCACAGAGCUGGGUUGUGCCUCCAGCGAGUGGGCAUCGGUACAGACAUUGGAGUCGCCCCCAGCCAUGCAGCCUGCCCCUCUCAUAGAAAUACAGACAACAGCCGCGGGCUUCCAGUCAACAACUUCUGUCCUGUGGACUGGCCCACAGCAGCCAAAUGGGAAGAUUUUGUACUAUGAACUUUACAGAAGGCGAACGACUCAAUCCCACAUAAAUUUAGACCUUGCACUUGUCUACAAUGGUUCUUCAACCUCUUUCAAAGAUGACAAGUUGCUGCCUUACACAGAAUAUGAAUAUCAGGUGUGGUCGGUAAACUCAGCGGGCCGGACACCGAGUGGCUGGUCCCGCUGCCGGACAGGCCCGGCCCCUCCGGAGGGCCUGGGAGCUCCCCUCUUCGACACGGUGGCAUCCACAGUGGCCGUGGUGAACAUCAGCCCCCCUCUUAAGCCAAACGGCGUGGUCAGUAUCUACAGGCUUUUUUCUAACGGUACCAGAGGGACUGAUGUGGUGCUGUCAGAAGGGACUGCCACCCAGCAGACAAUACAUGGGCUAAAACCUUUUACCACUUACUCCAUUGGCGUGGAGGCCUGCACCUGCUUCAACUGCUGCAGCAAAGGACCCAUGGCUCAAAUCACCACGGAGCCGGCCCCACCCUCAGAGCAGCCCCCACCGCAGAUCCACACCGUGACCUCCAGGAACGCCUCCUUCCAGUGGAGCGCCCCGCAGUCGCCCAACGGCAUUGUCACCAGCUACGAGCUCCAUGUCUAUAUGGCUUGUCCCCUGAACCUACAGCCAGCAGUGAAGGCUUGCACUCCUGGCUCAGCUGAGGUGAAGUAUACAGGAAAAGGCCAGAGUGCCAAUGUAUCCAACCUGGAGCCCGACACGACUUACAAUCUGCGAGUUGUGUCUUACAACUCUGUUGGCAGCAGCGCCUCAGAGUGGAUUGGUUUCACUACAGAAAAGGAGCCACCUCGGUACACGGCUCCAUUCUCCGUUGUCAGCAAUUUAUCUACCAUCCACAUAGACUGGAGUCGUACAUUUGUACUGAACGGCCGCCUGAAGGAGUACGCGUUAACUGAGAGCGGGCAACGCAUCUACAGCGGCUUUGACACCGAGCUGUAUUUACCAAGGACAUCUGACAAAACCUUUUUAUUUCAAGUGACCUGUAUCACUGAUGAAGGGAGCGCCAUGACACCGGUCAUCAAGUACAGCGCUGGAGACGGAGUUGGUGUGAUCUUGACAACACCUGGAGAGAAGGACAAGGCAGAGUCCAAACGUGCAAAAUUCUACAACGAGUUGUGGUUUGCAGUGUUGAUGGUAGUUCUAGGUUUGAUCCUCUUGGCUAUUCUUCUGUCCUUAAUUCUUCAAAGGAAAGUCCACAAGCAACCCUAUGCACGAGACAGACCUCCUUUAGUUCCACUUCAGAAAAGAACAUCACCAAUGAGUGUGUACUCAUCAGGUGAAACCCAUCCGGGGCUGGCAGAUACGAAAAUUCCAGGAGCUGGUUCUCCCACGAGCAUCCGCAGUGUCCAUAUUGCAUCCAGGGCAAGGAGACCAAGUCAGAGUCAGCUAAAUCGCACAUAUUCCCAAUCCUCUCUUCAUCGUAGUGUCAGCCAGCUGCUUGACCUCUACGACAAAAAGUCUCUUGUUGAAGAAUCACCUUGGGAUGCCAUUAUUCGCAAUCAUCGCACUGCUGGUCGUGGCUUGUAUGUAGAUGAAGAAGAUCUUGUCAAUGUCAUCAAAGGCUUCAGCACAGUCACCAAGGAGCACACCACGUUCACCGACACCCACCUCUGA